GUUCACUACAGUGUUGAGACACCGAAGUUCAGUGUUCAAUUAGCUUUUUUCUUUACGGUCAGGGACAGUAUGAGUGUAGCCAGAUCCUUUUCACUCUCUGUCCUUGUUUCAUUUUGUGGUUCACCGGAUUCAUCAUCGAGACGAGGUACAGAACAACCAGCUAACUAGCCAAGCUAGUCGGUACAGCUCGGUAAGCUAGCUAGCAACUAUACCAGCAGGAUCCUAGUUAACUUAGCUAACAAUACAUCAUUAUCUCGUUAACGGAUGCUGGCUACCUCUGUCCGGUUCUCCUCUCUUCACUAGAUGGACGGUAACUUUAGUGUUUAACCCCUGUGUCCAAGGACCAAUCUUUUGAAUAUUAUUUUUGGGGCGCCUCAAUAGCAGGUAUUGAACCCCGGGUAAAUAAUCACUAGUCAGCCUCAACCUCAGUAUACAUUCAUUAUAAAACACAUCUUAAUAUCUGAUAUUGCGAGUAAACAACCUCGGAAUAGAAAAGACAAGAGUGCCUCUUCCAGCCCACCAAUAAAUUACAUAAUUCAACCCUCCCGGUUAGUAAAUUUACCUCAACAUGCCCCCGGAGAAGGCAGAGUAACGACACCAGCCUUUUAGCGGGGCUGACUACAACGCUCGCGUCGCUAAAUGAAUUUCGUUAUUAAAAAUGACACACUGCUCGCGCGCCAACGAGCGUCUAGAAGUCAGUUCUAUUUGUGACGCAGUUCGCUCUGCAUCUCCUCAUUGGUUUAUAGAAGCAGGUACCCACGUGCCAUCUCCUCAUUGGUUUAUAGAAGCAGGUACCCACGUGCCAUCUCCUCAUUGGUUUAUAGAAGCAGGUACCCACGUGCCAUCUCCUCAUUGGUUUAUAGAAGCAGGUACCCACGUGCCAUCUCAUUGGUUUAUAGAAGCAGGUACCCACGUGCCAUCUCCUCAUUUAGCAAAAAACAUAAACAUAACUUCUUUAAACAAUAAAAGCUAAUUUACGAACAUUUCUGAAAAUGGAUAUAUAGCUUUUAGUUAUGAAACUCUUCUUAUGUUUCCCCAUCUGAGCUCAGAGUAGUUGAGAGAUGUAAUGUUUGUCUCUGUUGUGUUGAAGUCCAAUCAAGCAGGAGAGACCAGCCUCCCCUGUACCCAGCUGUGUGUCCAUGAAGAGUGACCAGUCUAUGGAACCUCCUAUGAAGUUUGGAGAGGGAGGCUUUUCUACUGAACAAAGAAACCAACAGGAGAGAUCAGAGUCAGAGAUUCUCAGUGGUCGGUCUUCCCAGAGUCAUCAAACAGACCUGGCCUCCAUAUUCAGUUUGCUUGAAGAGAAAAUUAUUACAUUUGUGAAGAACGAGCUGAAGAUGUUCAAGAGGAUUCUUAGUCCAGAACUCCCAGAAGGCUUUGAGAGUCAGAAGCAGGAUAAGGAAGUGGUGGACGCUGAAUAUGAGAAGCAGGAGAGCAGUGCCAGAGAGGGGGCUCUGAAGAUCACACUGCACGUCCUGAGGAAAAUGAACCAGAAGGAGCUUGCUGACACACUGGAGAAAAAUUCAGAUGAGCUUGCUGUGAUUUGCCAACGUGAACUCAAAUCUAAUCUAAAGAAGAAGUUUCAAUGUGUAUUUGAGGGGAUCGCUAAACAAGGAAACCCAACACUUCUCAAUAAGAUCUACACAGAGCUCUACAUCACAGAGGGUGGAACAGGAGAGGUCAAUAAUGAACAUGAGCUGAGACAGAUUGAGACAACAACCAGGAAACAAGCAAGACCAGAGACUGCAAUCAAAUGUGAAGACAUCUUCAAACCCUUAACUGGACAAGACAAAAUUAUCAGAACUGUGCUGACAAAGGGACUCGCUGGCAUUGGAAAAACAGUCUCUGUGCAGAAGUUCAUUCUGGACUGGGCUGAAGGAAAAGCAAAUCAGGAUGUCCAAUUUGUAUUUUCAUUCCCAUUCCGGGAGCUGAAUUUGCUGAAAGGGGAAAAACACACUUUCAUUGAACUUCUCAGUCACUUCUCAAAGGAAGCCAAACAAUCAAGAAUCUCCAACUACAACAAGUACAAAGUUCUGUUCAUCUUUGAUGGUCUGGAUGAGUGCCGACUGCCCCUAGACUUCCAGAAGAACAAGAUCUGUUGUGACGUCACAGAGUCAACCUCAGUGGAUGUUCUGCUGACAAAUCUCAUUAAGGGAAAUCUGCUUCCCUCUGCUCUCAUCUGGAUAACUACCCGACCUGCAGCAGCCAAUAAGAUCCCUUCAGGGUGUGUUGACCAGGUGACAGAGGUACGAGGGUUCAAUGACCCACAGAAGGAGGAGUACUUCAGGAAGAGAUUCAGUGAUGAGGACAUGGCCAGCAGAAUCAUCUCACACAUAAAGACAUCAAGGAGCCUCCACAUCAUGUGCCACAUUCCAGUCUUCUGUUGGAUUUCUGCAACAGUCCUUGAACACAUGCUGAAACAUAAGAGAGAAGAGAUGCCCAAGACUCUGACUGAGAUGUACACACACCUUGUGGUGUUUCAUACCAAACAGAAGAAUGAAAAGUAUCUUGGGAAAGAAGAGACAGGUCCACACUGGAAUAAAGAGAGCAUUCUGUCACUGGGAAAACUAGCUUUUCAACAGCUAGUGAAGGGCAAUCUGAUUUUCUAUGAAGAAGACCUGAAAGAGGCUGGCGUUGAUGUCAGUGAAGCCUCAGUGUACUCAGGAUUGUGCACACGGCUCUUUAAAGAGGAAUGUGGGCUGUACCAGGUUAAGGUAUACUGCUUUGUUCAUCUGAGCAUUCAGGAGUUUCUGGCUGCUGUAUAUGUGUUCCUCUCAUUCAUCAACAACAAUGAGAAUCUAAUGGCCGAACCGCAAUCAACGUCCAGGAAGCUUUCUGCGCUGUUCAGAGACAAGCCUAAAGUUACUGUCUACAAGAAUGCUGUGGAUAAAGCCUUACAAAGUGAGACGGGAAACCUGGACCUGUUCCUCCGCUUCCUUCUGGGCCUCUCACUGGAGUCCAAUCAGAAGCACUUACAAGGUCUACUGACAAAGACAAGAAGCAGCUCAAAGACCCAUGAUAAAACAGUCAAGUACAUCAAGAAGAAGAUCGGGGAGAAUCUCUCUCCAGAGAGGAGCAUCAAUCUGUUCCACUGUCUGAAUGAACUGAAUGACCAUUCUCUAGUGGAGGAGAUCCAAAGCUACCUGAGAUCAGGAAGUCUCUCAGAAGAAGAACUGUCACCUGCACAGUGGUCAGCUCUGGUCUUUGUGUUGCUGACUUCAGAAAAGGAGUUGGAUGUGUUUGACCUGAAGAAAUACUCCAGAUCAGAGGAAGGUCUUCUGAGGCUGCUGGCAGUGGUCAAAGCCUCCAGAGCUGUUCUGCUGUCAGGCUGUGGAGUCACAGAGAAAGGCUGUGCUUCUCUGGUCUUAGCUCUGAAGUCAAACCCCUCACACCUGAGAGAGCUGGAUCUGAGAAACAAUGACCUGAAGGAUUCAGGAGUGAAGCUGCUCUCUGAUGGACUGGGGAAACCCCACUGUAAACUGGAGACUCUGAGGCUGUCAGGCUGUGGAGUCACAGAUGAAGGCUGUGCUUCUCUGGUCUCAGCUCUGAGGUCAAACCCCUCACACCUGAGAGAGCUGGAUCUGAGUAACAAUGACCUGAAGGAUUCAGGAGUGAAGCUGCUCUCUGAUGGACUGGGGAAUCCCCACUGUAAACUGGAGACUCUGAGGCUGUCAGGCUGUCUAGUCACAGAGGAAGGCUGUGCUUCUCUGGUCUCAGCUCUGAGGUCAAACCCCUCCCACCUGAGAGAGCUGGACCUGAGCUACAAUCACCCAGGAGACUCAGGAGUCAGACUGCUCUCUGCUGGACUGAAGGAUCCACACUGCAGACUGGAGAAUCUCAAUGUGGAACAUGGUGGAGAGAACACAAUGAAACCUGGGCUUAGAAAAUAUGUCUGUGAUCUCACGCUGGACCCAAACACAGUAAACAGACUCCUCUCUCUGUCUGAGGAGAACAGAAAGGUGACAUGGAGGACAGAGAAGCAGCCGUAUCCUAAACACCCAGAGAGAUUUAGUAAGGACUGUAGACAGGUGCUGUGUAGACAGGGUCUGACUGGGCGCUGUUACUGGGAGGUAGAGUGGACUGGGUACAGGGUUGAUAUAGGAGUGACAUAUAAAGGAAUCAACAGGAGAGGAAGGGGUGAUGACUGUUGUCUUGGAUGUAAUGGCAAGUCCUGGAGUCUGUUCUGCUAUAACAACAGUUGCAUUGCCAGGCACAAUAAGAAUUCCACUAUCAUAGAUGUCCCCUCCAACAGCUCCCACAGAGUAGGAGUGUAUCUGGACUGGCCAGCCGGCACUCUGUCCUUCUACAGAGUCUCCUCUGACACACUGACCCACCUGAUCACAAUCACCUCCACAUUCACUGAGCCCCUCUAUCCAGGGUUUAGGGUUCAUGAUGACUCCUCAGUGUCCCUGUAAAUAAUAACCUGACACACACACACACACACACACACACACACACACACACACACACACACACACACACACACACACACACACACACACACACACACACACACACACACACACACACACACACACACACACAUUAGACACACAUUAGACACACACACUCAAACAGACACACACACAAAGACACACACUGAACACACACACACACACUGGACACAGACACAGACACACACACACACACACUGGACACACACACACUCAAACGGACAAACACACUAGAUGCACACACACAAACACUGGACACACACACACACACACUUUAAACACACACUGGACACACACACACAGUGUGAUUUUAUGAUGUAUUUUACUGUUUGUGUUUGUACCACAGGAGGUUGGUGGACCUUAUUUUGGGAGGACAGGCUUGUAAUGGCUGGAGGGGAAUAAGUGGAAUGGUAUCAAACACGUGGUUUCCAUGUGUUCCAUUUCAUUCACUCUGUUCCAGACAUUAUUAUGAGCCGUCCUCCCCUCAGCAGCCUCCUCUGGUAUGUACUGUCCUAUAUGUGAGAGAGCUCCAACAAGGAAUUACAAUGUAUGUAUUACUUUUAAUACCUGCAAAUGGCAAAUAAACUACUUGAACUCCUUAUGAAUGUCUGCAGCCGACUAGGCUGUUGGCGUCUGACAAGAGGUGAAAAUAUUACAGGAAUAUUCUGCAAAUGUUGAUGAAGACGUCACUCAAUCCACCCAAAACAACAUGCAGUCUUUCCACAAGACUCCCAUGAAGUUAUAGUGUGACGUUAUGAGUUGAUGUUAAAGUAACAUUCUCAGAACAUACUGUACUUGUUUUAUACUGUUUUAGAUGGAUCCUCUGUUUAAACAUUUAAACUCUUACAAUAACACCAUUAAAAUACCAAUGUGAUAAUUUGUUGUACGUCUUUUAUGUUGAAAAACUAAUUGUACAAUUAUAUAUGGACAUACGAUACAUAGUUGUACAAGUAUACAAGGAUAUAUUGUACAUUUCAUAAAACAUACUUGAAACAAGAAAAA